AUUGUGUAAUUGGAUUAUCUUUCGUUGAUGACGAAGUUCUCUUUUUAUAAUCGUUUUGCGAAUAACUGCAUUUAAACAAAGUACCUUUUAUAAUGGCUUUAUAUUUUGACUGCCUCUUGGAAAGUUCACCAGGAUCGGUGGUGAAGUGCCUUGCCUGGCAUGAGCAGCAUGCUGUAUUAGCAGUGUGUACCUCAUUGGUUGAAGAUGACAGUGGUGCAGUGAAUUUAUAUGAUAAACAGGGUGUGAAAGAAAGCAAGACUCCUCUCAUGCACAGAUCCACACCCCCAACAACUGCUGCAUGGCAUCCAACCAGAAAACUUUUAGCAGUGGGUUGGGAAAACGGAGAAGUUCUUGUGUGGAACGACCAGGAGAAGGAAUUGCAUGAAAUACCAAGUCUUCACAUGAAAGCUCUUUCCACUAUUACUUGGUCCAGUAAUGGCACUCGCCUUGCCACUGGAGACAAGGUCUGUAAUGGUAGAUCUAACUGAUAAACACUGCUUAACUUUUAUAAUUUUACCCUAUGGUAAUUAAGGAUGCACAUUAUAGAAUAGACUGUUAAUUACUAAAUCCCCUAGAAAUCUUUUUUGGAAUCAGAAAUUUAAACCUUUUUUUAUUUAAAGGGCCUAAACGCACCCAAAUGUACAUCGCUUUAAUAGAUAGAGUGUGUUUUUCUAAUUCCAACGACACCUUACUUGUUUUAAUCGGUUCUGUAUAACCAAAGAUAUUCCAGCUCAAACACCGCGAAAUUCAUA